GGCCGGCCGGACGCACCCGAGGCCAGCGCGCCCCGCGAGGCUGCGCCCCAGAAAUGCGACGCUGGAUUCUUUCGCGCCUUCUCGGGAGAGUGUUUGCCCUGUGACUGUAACGGUAAUUCCAACGAAUGUUCUGAUGGCUCUGGAUUCUGUGUGAACUGCCAGCGGAACACCACAGGGGAGCACUGUGAAAAAUGCCUGGAUGGUUAUAUUGGGGAUUCCAUCAGAGAAGCACCUCAUUCCUGCCAGCCAUGCCCCUGUCCCUUGCCCCACCUGGCCAAUUUUGCAGAAUCCUGCUAUAGAAAAAAUGGAGCUGUGCGGUGUAUUUGUAAAGAAAACUAUGCUGGACCUAACUGUGAAAGGUGUGCUCCUGGUUACUAUGGAAACCCCUUACUCAUCGGAAGCACCUGUAGGAAAUGUGACUGCAGUGGAAAUUCGGAUCCCAAUCUGAUUUUUGAAGAUUGUGAUGAAGUUACUGGCCAGUGUAGGAAUUGCUUACGCAACACCACAGGAUUCAAGUGUGAGCGCUGUGCUCCCGGUUACUAUGGGGACGCCAGGACUGCCAAGAAUUGUGCAGUGUGCAAUUGUGGAGGAGGCCCGUGUGACAGCGUAAGCGGAGAAUGUCUGGAAGGUUUUGAACUCUCUACAGGCAUGGACUGCCCAACCAUAAGCUGCGAUAAGUGCGUCUGGGACCUGACUGACGACCUGCGCUUGGCGGCACUCUCCAUUGAAGAGAGCAAAUCCGGGCUGCUGAGUGUGUCAUCCGGUGCCGCUGCGCACAGACACGUGAACGGAAUGAACUCCACCAUCCACCUCCUCAAAACAAAAUUGUCAGAAAGAGAAAACCAGUACAUCCUGAGAAAGAUACAAAUCAAUAAUGCUGAGAACACAAUGAAAAGCCUUCUAUCUGAUGUGGAAGAAUUGGCUGAGAAGGGAAAUCAAGCCUCAAGAAAGGGGCAACUGGUUCAUAAGGAAAGCGUGGAUACCACUGGCCACGCAACCCACCUUGUAGAGCAAGCCCGCAAUAUGAGGGAUAAAAUCCAAGAGAUCAACAACAAGAUGCUCUAUUAUGGGGAGGAGCAGGAACUUGACCCCGAGGAAAUCACAGAGAAGCUGGUGCUGGCGCAGAAGAUGCUGGAGGAGAUUCGACACCGUCCACCAUUCCUCACCCAGCGGGAGCUCGUGGACGCAGAAGCGGAUGAGGCCCACGAACUGCUGAGCCAGGCUGAAAGCUGGCAGCGGCUGCACAAUGAUACUCGCUCUUUGUUUCCCGUCGUCCUGGAGCAGCUGGAUGACUACACCGCGAAGCUGUCAGGCCUCCGGGAGUCACUUGACCAGGCCCUGGACCAUGUCAGGGACACUGAAGACAUGAACAGGGCCACGGCAGCCAGGCAGCGGGACCAUGAGAAACAACAUGAGAGAGUAAGAGAGCAAGUGGAAGCUGUGAACACAUCUCUGAGCACCUCUGCCAACUCUCUGACAGUGCCUCGUCUGAUUCUUGUGGAACUUGAUGAUAUAAUAAAGAAUGCAUCAGGAAUUUAUGCAGAAAUAGAUGGAGCUAAAAAUGAACUACAAGGAAAACUGUCCAACCUAAGUAACCUCAAUCACGAUUUAGUUCAAGAAGCUGUUGACCAUGCACACAAUCUUCAACAAGAAGCUGAUGAGCUGAGCAGGAAUUUGCACAAUUCAGAUAUGAAUGGGUUAGUGCAGAAGGCUUUGGAUGCAUCAAAUGUCUACGAAAACAUUGUCAAUUAUGUCGGAGAAGCCAACGAAACAGCAGAAUUGGCUUUGAAUAUAACUGAUCGAAUUUACGAUGCUGUGAGUGGGAUUGAUACUCAAAUCAUUUACCACAAAGAUGAAAGCGACCACCUUCUCAAUCAAGCCAGAGAACUGGAAGCGAGGGCAGAUUCUAGCAGUGAGGAGGCAGUGGCUGACACCAGCAAGCGCGUGAGUGGGGCCCUUACAAGGAAGAGCGCCCUGAAACACAGAUUAGAUGACGCUGUUAAACGACUACAAGCAGCAGAGAGAGGUGAUGUUCGGCAGCGCCUGGGUCAGUCCAAGCUGGUCGUCGAGCAAGCUAACCAGACCACAGUAGAAGUCCAACAGGUCACUGCCCCAAUGGCGAACAAUCUCACUAACUGGUCACAGAAUCUUCAAAACUUUGACUCUUCUGCUUAUAAUACUGCAGUGGAUUCUGCUAGAGAUGCAGUAAGGAAUCUGACCGAAGUUGUCCCCCAGCUCCUGGAUCAACUUCGCACUGUUGAGCAGAAGCGGCCUGCAAGCAAUGUGUCUGCCAGCAUCCAGAGGAUCCGGGAGCUCAUUGCUCAGACCAGGAGCGUUGCUAGCAAGAUCCAGGUCUCCAUGAUGUUCGAUGGCCAGGCAGCCGUGGACGUGCACCCCAAAACCAGCCUGGACGACUUAAAGGCAUUCACAUCCCUGAGCCUGUACAUGAAGCCUCCUGCAAAGCAGCCAGAACUGGCAGGGACAGCAGAUCAGUUCAUCCUGUACCUUGGAAGCAAAAACGCCAAAAAAGAGUAUAUGGGUCUUGCAAUAAAAAAUGAUAACCUGGUUUACAUUUACAACUUGGGAACGAAGGAUGUGGAGAUCCCCCUUGACUCCAAGCCUGUCAGUUCCUGGCCGGCGCACUUCAGCAUUGUCAAGAUUGAGAGGGUAGGGAAACACGGAAAGGUAUUUUUGACAGUCCCAAGUCUAAGUAGCACCGCAGAGGAAAAGUUUAUUAAAAAGGGGGAAUUUGCAGGAGACGACUCCUUGUUGGAUCUGGACCCCAAGGACACAGUGUUUUAUGUUGGCGGGGUGCCUUCAGACUUCAAGCUCCCUGCCAGUUUAAACCUGCCUGGCUAUGUUGGCUGCCUGGAGUUGGCCACUUUGAACAACGAUGUGAUCAGCUUGUACAACUUUAAGCACAUCUAUAAUAUGGAUCCUUCUAAGUCAGUGCCCUGUGCCAGAGACAAACUGGCCUUCACUCAGAGCCGAGCUGCCAGUUACUUCUUUGAUGGCUCCAGUUAUGCUGUGGUGAGGGACAUCACCCGGAGAGGGAGAUUUGGCCAGGUGACUCGCUUUGACAUAGAAGUCCGAACGCCCGCUGACAAUGGCCUUGUGCUCCUGAUGGUCAAUGGAAGCAUGUUUUUCAGCCUGGAAAUGCGCAGUGGUUACCUGCACGUGUUCUAUGACUUUGGAUUCAGCGGCGGCCCUGUGCAUCUUGAAGACACAUUGAAGAAAGCCCAAAUUAAUGAUGCAAAAUACCAUGAGAUCUCAAUCAUUUACCACAAUGACAAGAAAAUGAUUUUAGUAGUUGACAGACGACAUGUGAAGAGCAUGGAUAAUGAAAAGAUGAAAAUACCUUUUACAGAUAUAUAUAUUGGAGGAGCACCCCCAGAAAUCUUGCAGUCCAGGACUCUAAGAGGACACCUUCCCCUAGAUAUCAACUUCAGAGGAUGCAUGAAGGGUUUCCAGUUCCAAAAGAAAGAUUUCAAUUUACUAGAGCAGAAAGAAACCCUAGGAGUUGGUUAUGGGUGCCCAGAAGACUCUCUUAUAUCUCGUAGAGCGUAUUUCAAUGGACAGAGUUUCAUUGCUUCAACUCAGAAAAUAUCUUUCUUUGAUGGCUUCGAAGGAGGCUUUAAUUUCCGAACGUUACAGCCAAACGGCUUACUGUUUUAUUAUGCUUCAGGGUCAGACGUGUUUUCCAUUUCUCUGGAUAAUGGUACCGUCACCAUGAAUGUGAAGGGGACCAAGGUGCAGUCAUCAGAUAAGCGGUACCACGAUGGGCUGCCCCAUUUCAUCAUCACCUCCAUCUCACCUACAAGGUAUGAACUAGUAGUAGAUAAAAGCAGACUUGGGAGUAAGAAUCCUACCAAAGGGAAAGCAGAACAGAAUCAAGCGAGUGAAAAGAAGUUUUACUUCGGUGGCUCACCCAUCAGUCCCCAGUACGCCAACUUCACUGGCUGCAUAAGUAAUGCCUACUUUACCAGGUUGGACAAAGAUGUGGAGGUUGAGGACUUCCAGCGGUAUUCUGAGAAGGUCCAUACUUCUCUUUAUGAGUGUCCCAUUGAGUCUUCACCAUUGUUUCUCCUUCACAAAAAAGCAAAAAAUUCCUCAAGGCCUAAGCCAAAUCAGAAUAAAAAGGGAGGGAAAAGUAAAGAUGCACCUUCAUGGGACCCCGUUGCCCUGAAAUUCCCAGAGCAGAAUGCGCCACGGGACUCUCACUGCCACCUGUCCAGCAGCCCAAGAGCGAUAGAGCACGCCUAUCAGUAUGGAGGGACAGCCAACAGCCGCCAGGAGUUUGAACACUUAAAAGGAGAUUUUGGUGAAAAAUCUCAGUUUUCCAUUCGUCUGAAAACUCGGUCCUCCCAUGGGAUGAUUUUCUACGUCUCAGAUCAAGAAGAGAAUGACUUCAUGACCCUGUUCUUGGCGCAUGGCCGACUGGUUUUCAUGUUUAAUGUUGGCCACAAGAAACUGAAGAUUCGGAGCCAGGAGAGAUACAAUGAUGGGCUUUGGCAUGAUGUGAUAUUUGUUCACGAAAAAAGUAGCGGUCGACUAAUCAUUGAUGGUCUUCGAGUGCUAGAAGAAAGUCUUCCUUCUACUGGAACAGCCUGGAAAAUUAAGGGUCCCAUUUAUUUGGGAGGAGUGGCUCCUGGAAGGGCUGUGAAAAAUGUCCAGAUUAACUCUGUCUACAGUCUCAGUGGCUGUCUCAGCAGUCUCCAGCUCAACGGGGCCUCUAUUGCCUCUGCCUCUCAGACAUUUAGUGUGACACCUUGUUUUGAAGGUCCGAUGGAAACAGGAACUUACUUUUCAACAGAAGGAGGAUACGUGGUUCUAGAUGAGUCUUUCAACAUUGGAUUAAAGUUUGAAAUUGCAUUUGAAGUCCGUCCCAGAAGCAGUUCUGGAACCCUUGUCCAUGGCCACAGCAUCAGUGGAGAAUACUUAAAUGUGCACAUUAAAAAUGGGCAGGUCAUAGUGAAAGUCAACAAUGGUAUCAAAGACUUUUUUACCUCAGUAACACCCAAGCAGAGUCUCUGUGAUGGCAGAUGGCACAGAAUUACAGUUAUCAGAGACUCGAAUGUGGUUCAGUUGGAUGUUGACUCUGAAGUGAACCAUGUGGUUGGACCCUUGAAUCCAAAGCCAGUUGAUCACAGGGAACCUGUGUUUGUUGGAGGUGUUCCAGAGUCUCUCCUGACACCAGGCUUGGCGCCCAGCAAACCCUUCACGGGCUGCGUCCGCCACUUUGUGAUUGACGGGCGCCCAGUGAGCUUCAAUAAAGCAGCCUUGGUCAGCGGAGCUGUGAGCAUCAACUCCUGCCCAGCAGCCUGAGAAGCACCACACGCUGCCCACGGAAAUAAACAGCCAGCCUGGAGGACCGGCAACGCCUCCUUGUGGUGGAGGCUCUCCGCUACAUGAGAGGGACUUGGGAUUCACAAGGGACUGGACACUCCCCAUUUCUCGCUGGAAUUCUUAACUCGGAUCCAGAACACCUGCAGUGGACAGCAAUCGAAUGAGGGGAAACUAACUUGUAUUGAUUCAGUGCACCUAUGUAUUCUGCCGGUGAAACUGCUGUUCCUGUCUGCAAUAAAAUAGGAAGGAAUUCUAAGUAAA